ACUUCCUGAGCGCCGCGGCGGUGAGGUACGUGGGGCUGCGGGGCCGCGCCCGGGUUGUGUCUGGUUGCUGGCGGCUGGGUCGGGGGGUGGCUUUAUGUUGUGCCUGGGGAGGUUCGGGUUGGGCGUUAGGGAACGUUUCUUCUCGGAAAGAGCGGUGCUGCGGUGACACAGGCUGCCCAGGGAGGUGGUGCAGUCACCGUCCCUGGAGGUGUUCCAGAGCCGUGUGGAUGUGGCACUGAGGGACGUGGGCAGUGGGCAUGGUGGGGGUGGGCUGCUGGUUGGACUGGGUGAUCUUAGUGGUCUUUUCUAACAUUAUGGUUCCGUGAUUCUAUAGAAAGAUGGUACCUCUGGAGUCAGACCCAGCACUCAGCCCUGCAGGCGCUGGGUGUUGUGGGCAAACAGAUCUGUGCCUGUGUGUGCUGGCACCAGGGGAGCAGUAAAUCUCUGUGCAGGCAGCUUGCAUGGGGAAGGAACUUCUCCCUCAGUGUUGCACAAGCUGCGGUGUGUUGCUGUCCUCUGGAGACCUCUGUUAUCUGCUGCAGCGUUCAGGAGAGGGAGGAGCAGCAGAGGGCUGCUGGAAAGAAAUGGCACCCACUGACAUCCAUCGGCGCUUGCUGAACGCUUAUGCAGACCAAACAGUGGAUGUGAGCACAGAGAGGCUGUGGGUGGUGUGUUUCAGCAGUGGCAGCAGUGACGUGAAGGACAAGUUGCAUUCCAGAUUGCCACGCACAGCUGUGCACCACAGAGUGAAGAGUCUCUCCAUCAGCUCAUCCGUGUGAAUGGGUGGCUUAUGACCAGGGAACGGUGUACAGAGCUGAAUAUCGGCUUCAGUGCAUUGGAAAUGAUGAUGACAACGUUGGAGUAUUGCAGAGUUUGCACAAAGUGGGUCCCGUGGAUGCUCAUGUAGGAUCAGAAAGAGCAGUACGUGCAAGUUUGUCAGGACCUAUUGAACCAAUAUGAGGCUGAAGGUGAUGCUUUCCUGUGUCACAUCAUUACCAGUGAUGAGACAUGGUGUCACCGCUAUGAGCUGGAGUCAAAACAACAGUCCGUGGAGUGGUGACAUGCAAAUUGCUCACUGAAGAAAAAGUUCAAGACAAACCCUCAGCAGCAAGAAGACAAAAUGACCUAAGCACCAACCAACCUUUGCUGCUGGAGCAGGAGCAGGGCCAUGGCUGUGCCUGGAAGCUCGCGGAGACAGCCUUCAAACAGAGGCCUGGUGUCCCAUUGCACUCACCAUCAUAUUGUUGUGUUCCUGCUGACCUUCUUCAGUUAUUCCUUGCUCCAUGCUUCCAGAAAGACGUUCAGUAAUGUCAAAGUCAGCAUUUCAAGCCAGUGGACUCCAUCCUGCCUAAACAGCACAACCUUUGAGCUCCGGCCAAAUGAGCUAUGGAACAGCAACCAUUUAUUUCCAAAUGCAGAAGAAGCAACUCUCUUCUUGGGAACAUUGGACACUAUUUUUUUGUUUUCCUAUGCUGUGGGUCUCUUUGUGAGUGGCAUUGUGGGAGACCGCCUGAAUUUACGCUGGGUUUUGUCUUUUGGCAUGUGUUCAUCUGCUCUGGUGGUAUUCUUCUUUGGUACGCUCACAGAGUGGUUGCAUUUCUACAACAAGUGGUUCUACUGCUGUCUGUGGGUUGUGAACGGCUUGCUGCAGUCCACUGGUUGGCCCUGUGUGGUUGCUGUCAUGGGCAAUUGGUUUGGAAAAGCUGGGAGAGGUUUUGUAUUUGGCCUCUGGAGUGCCUGUGCAUCUGUGGGAAAUAUCCUUGGGGCGUUCCUUGCCUCCUGCGUUCUCAAGUAUGGCUACGAGUAUGCCUUCUUGGUGACUGCCUCAGUCCAGUUUGCUGGAGGAGUAAUCGUCUUCUGUGGGCUCCUGACUUCACCAAAGGAAGUGGGCCUUCCUGAGCUUGGAGCAGAUGAAGAAGGCAGUGUGGAGGAAGAUGCCAACAGACCUUUGAUGGGCGAUGAUGAUGCAGAUGACGAUGAAGGCAAUUACUCUAUUCAAGCAGCUGACACUGACAGCCAACCAAAGGCCAUCGGCUUUUUCCAGGCUUGUUGUCUUCCAGGUGUAGUACUGUAUUCUUUGGCCUAUGCCUGCCUGAAGCUGGUGAAUUACUCCUUCUUCUUCUGGCUGCCCUUCUACCUCAGCAACAACUUUGGAUGGAAAGAAGCAGAAGCUGACCAGCUUUCCAUCUGGUAUGAUGUGGGAGGAAUCAUAGGUGGAACUAUCCAGGGUUUGAUUUCUGACGUGCUGCAAAAGAGAGCCCCAGUGCUAGCAAUUAGCCUGCUCUUUGCUGUAGGCUCUCUCUUUGGAUACAGCCGUUCGCCUAAUAGCAAACCUAUCAAUGCUGUGAUCAUGGCAAUUACAGGAUUUUUCAUUGGUGGCCCUUCUAACAUGAUCAGUUCUGCAAUUUCUGCUGACCUGGGGCGCCAGGAUUUGGUGAGAGGCAGCAGUGAGGCUCUGGCAACAGUCACGGGGAUUGUGGAUGGAACUGGCAGCAUUGGUGCUGCAGUGGGCCAGUAUCUGGUGUCUUUGAUCCAAGAGAACCUGGGAUGGAUGUGGGUUUUCUAUUUCUUCAUUCUAAUGACGAGUUCAACCAUCCUGUUCAUUUCGCCGUUAAUAGUGAGGGAGAUCAGACUGCUUCUGCACGAGCGGCGCCUGCGGAUGCUGGCUGAGUGAUUUCUGCCUUUCUCCGGAAGGACUGUUGUCUGAACCUGACGGCUGGGACACUAAUCACAUCCCUGGGAGACUUGUUGGUUACACCUUCCAGGUUUGGACUAGUUCAGAAUGGCUCUGCGAGCUGUGCUCCGCCUGCCUUUGCGAGCUCAGUAUCGCAGUACCAAAUACCUGUCCUGAGACCAUCUGCGUCAUGGAGCUGCUGCUCAGAGCUGGGCGAUCCACAGGGCUGGUGGGUUGUCCCAGCCGACCAGGCUUCUCCAUGCCAGCAGUCACAUCGGAGUCUGCUGUUGGGUGCUCUCACUGCUAUUCCCUUACUUAUUUAUUUCUAGAUGUCCUGACUACAGGUCAGGUGUUUAAAACUGACAUUAGGGAGGCUGUCUCGCAAUGAAUUUUGAUGCUUUGUUGUGCUGGUGAAAGCAUACAGUGCAUUUCAUGGGUAGUCUCAAUUUGCAAUCACUGUAGCUUUUAGAAAGGGCAAAAACUAUUUGGAAUUUGUGCUGUCCACUUGUUUCAAAAAUCCUGUUGCUAAAUCUCUGCACAGAUGGACCUCUGCUGUCCCUGGCUGAUAACUGUCUCCUAUUCCAGCAGAUUUGCAUGGAGAGGCUAACUCCAUAUUUUAUUUUAUUUUAUUUUAGCAUUUUUUUAAUUAAUAAUAUUACUACUAAUCUCUGGGAAAUGAGAUUUUGGUUUUUUAAAAUAUUUAAGCAGACAAAUGGCGUGCAAUAUUUAGGUGGUAUUUUACAGUGAUCUCUGAGAAAAAGCCUUAACAGAUCCUUUGCCUCUAAAGGAACUUUGAAUGGCUUUGGGGAUCAGCAAUGGGACACAAAUACUUUCACUACCAGGUUGUGUUUUGUACUUUGAUCAAUACUGACCAAACUGGGAUUGUCUGGUGCUCCUCUGAAGGAAGCGAGUGUCGCUGAUUGCGUCCUUAUGGGGCAACUACUUUUAACUCCAGCAAGGGAUAAAUUGGAUGAAUUUAAGGGACCUGGCUGCUCUCAGGCAAGGGCUUCCAGACAGGGACUGAAGCAUCCUCCUGGAGCAGUACCAAGAAGCAAAUGCUGCUGUCUCCCCUGUGCUGCCCUCUGUGCGGCUGCGUAGGGGAGCUUAUUCUCCAGUGCUCUGAAGUUGAGUUGUACGUCGGAGUAUAGAUGCAAGUGAGCUCUAAAAUCACGUGGCUGCACUUGGGAUGGGAGUGUUUGAGCAUUUUGCAGUGCUGCAGCCAGCAGGAUGGCUGACUGACACCUCUGACACCUGAUGGUGUUAUUCACGGGAUCACUGAAUAAGUUCUCAACAAAUUGUCUUCUGCUUUUGCCUCGGGAUGUUUGUGUGAUAGGUAUGUGUUAACCAGCAGAUCUUUGAUCAAACACUCGACCUAACUGGACAGCGAUGCCUGGUGGGGGCCAGGGGCAGGAAAAUCCUUGAGAAUCGGAUACUGUUUUUAAUGGGAAAAUUGCCUUUUUAACAUGUACAGUGACUUGGUUUUGUUUUGUUUUGUUUUUAAUUUAUGAAUGUCAAUUUUUAAUCAUGUGAUGAUUGUAACGAGCCGAAUGUGAUUAGUGCCUUAUGGUUUUACUGUAUGGAACGGUUGCUUGGUGAUCGCCGCUCUUGCAGCGACAGCUCCGGGCACAGCUUUCCUAACGCAGAAGCUCGGCUACUUCAUUUUUAUACUUCUUUUUAAAGUCUUUUUCUUUCCUGGUGGAGGUGAUUGUUGCCUUCUUUGCUAAUCCUCUAAAGGUGUUGGUGCUUGGGAAAAUGAUACCGUUAAUCUGACGGGGGACCUGAAAUCCUGUUCUUGUCUAUUCUCAUUCCCAUUCCAAUUUUGCCCGUAUAAUUAGAGCAGGGGACCGAGAAUCUAUCAUCAGGCUCUCACAAUUAUGCCCUGGGGUUGCUGUUCACGUCCCAAGCUACUCAUUAGCUCCUGUACAAAUAGAAUCAAAACUCCCUGAAACAGAGUUCCGAAAUUGAUGGUGGCACCGUUUGGCCCAGCCGUGCUGUCUGAGACGCUCGGUUUCAAAUUCCAGCCUGGAUGGGCUCUCUGACCGCUGCCCGGGAGCAAAAUAAGCUGCGAUGAAAGGUGGGGUGGGAAGGGGACGUCGCCGGGGGCGGGGGGUGGCAGCCCCUGGAACAAAUGGCUUCCUGUAAACAGCUCUGUCCCCUCUUGAGAAGUGUCAGAAGUGCUGUGAGCGGGCACAGGCUGCCCUGCAGCUCGCAUCUACGUGCAGCGCUGCUCUGAGGCCCUGACCUUAGCGAGGCCUUCCCGUGUCUUCAGCAUUUCGGUUGUAGUUGUCAUCCUGCCUUUGUGUCCUGUGUAUUUCUUCAAGGUGCUCAGAAGGAGAAAAGUUUUCAAUCUGACAGUGCCCAAACCAAUCUCUCACCAAUAAACUCGCCAAUAAACUUUGACUUGAGCUGGGCUAA